CAAAAGAUUUGUUAGUAAAUGCUCAAGAGAAACAAAGUGAUCAAGCCAACAAAAAGCAACGUUAUCUAGAAUUAAAUGAAAGAGAUUUAGUAUUAUUGAAUUUGACAAAUAUAAUUCUACAAAAAAGUGCAAAAAAAGCAUCAAAGAAACUUAUCGCAAAACUCAUAGGACCCUUCAAAAUCGUUCAGAAAAUUUCAGCA